ACAAAAGCACCUUAACCUUGGUGGAGAAAGGAGGAAGAAAAUGAUGUGGGUGGAAGAGAAAGGCAUGAGGAAGCAAAAUGAGGCUUUUGGGAGGCUUCUGGAGGCUUAUCCAAGCUUCCACCGACAAAGACCAAAAACUUGGUUGGGGAAAUGCCAUGUGUGUUACUCUUACUUCUUCUGUGUUGGCGACCAUUCCUAAUUUUUACAUGCAAACCAUGAUGCUUCCUGCUUCGGUUCAUAAAGAGUUGGACCAAAUCUCUCGUAAUUUUAUUUGGGGAUCGGAACCCGAUAGUAGGAAACUUCAUUUAGUGAAUUGGCAAACUGUCACUCAACCCAGAGUUCUUGGUGGCCUUGGCAUCAAAAGUUCUAAAGAUGCUAACCUUGCUGCGAUGGCCAAGCUCAAUUGGAGGCUUUACACUGAAAAAAAUAGUCUAUGGGUUGGUCUUCUUCGAAAUAAAUACAAUGCUCUCAACCUUCACAACCCUCCUUCCAAUUCUGGAUCUCCUAUGUGGAAGGCCAUUACCAAAGGAUUUGACAUCUUCCAAGCUGGUAUAAGGUGGAUACCUCACAAUGGGGUUAAUAUUUUGUUUUGGAAGGAUUGUUGGUUUAGUGACACUCCUCUUGUUUCGCAAGUUUAUGGCCCUCAUAUCCAAGACUUUGAUUAUAUCACUGUUUCUGAGUUUCUUUUGGUAGGUGUUGAUGCUCUUGAUCUUAUUGCUUACCAAUUGCCCAAGGAUAUUUUAGACCAAAUACUUGCUGUGCCAAUCUCUUUUUCUUCUAACAGAGAUGAUACCUUGUCUUGGAAAGGAGGUCUAGAUGGAUCCUUUUCUCCUUCUCAUGCGUACCUCAUUGCUAGAAAUCUCCCCCCUUCCACGAAAGAUGAUUGGAGGUGGAUAUGGAAGUCUCAAACUUUUCCAAAAAUUCAAACUUUCAUUUGGCUUCUUUCUCAUGAGCUGUUGAAAUGUUUUGAGUUCCUAAACAAAUUGGGCAUUACCCCCUCUGCUACUUGCCCAAGGUGUCAUGCUGCUGUAGAAUCAGUGGAACAUCUCAUUCGUGAUUGUCCUGUGUCUGUUUCCAUCCUUGUUGACUUACUUCCGGGACUCUAAUGGGGUUCUUAAUAUCCCAUGGGGAGUGAUUUUUUGCUUUGCACUUUGGGGUAUUUGGUUACAUCGUAACCAAACCCUCUACAAGCCUCACGCUUAUCCUGUU